CCUGUUACCCAGGAUGCCGUGCGAGUGUGACUUCCGGGUACAGGAGUAGCUGGAACACGUGUUGGGUACACUCACUCCAGGCACUACAGAGUAAUGACCAGCGAUGAUGAGGCAACUACACCUUCCAGUAAAUCCAUAGGCAAGAAGAAGCCAAAGACUGGAAAAAGGACACCGGUGGAACCACAGUGUAAUAAUAAUGAAGACGUAACAAAAAAGAAACCUAAAAAGAAAGCUUUGGCCCAAGAGGAUGCCAUUUCUUCUCAUGAGCCUGAAACAAUUGAGAUGGUCCCCAAAAAGGAAAAAAAGAAAAAGGUCCCAGCUGAGGAUACUGCCUCUUGUGACUACAAAAGUAACGAUGCAGCCAAAAAGAAGAAAAAAAAUAAUGUAUUGAAUAAAGAAAUUACAUCAUGUGAUGCCAACGCUAAUUAUGAUGCCAACACUAAUUAUGAUGCCAAAAAGAAAAAUAUCUCAGAUGAAGAUACUGCAUCACUUGACUGCAAAAGUAAUGACGUCCCAAAACAGAAAAAAAAGAAGAAUUUAUCGGAUGAAGAUAAUACAAUAUGUGAUAGCAAAACUAAUGUUGUUCCCAAAAGGAAAAAAAAGAAAAAUGUACUGGAAUAUAAUAAAUCAUGUGAUCCCAAAACUAAUGAUGUUUCCAAAAUGAAGAGGAAAAAAAAGGUCUUGGAUAACGAAAUUGUGCUAUGUGACCCUAAAACUGACGAUGAUGUUCCCAAAAAGAAAAAAAAGAAUGACUUCCAUGAAGAUAUUGUAUCACGUGACGUGAACACGAAUGGUGAUCGCCCUAAAAAGAAAAAGAAGAAGGUCUUUGAUGAAGAGAUUGAGCCAUGUGAACCGAAAGCUAAUGUUCAUCUCCGUACAAAGAAAAAGAAGACUGUCCUAGAGGAAGAUAAUACUGUACGUUUACCAAAAUGUAAAAGUGAAACUGCAGGCGAGAAUAGCCAAGCUCCUUCUUUACCGAAGUCCAAAAUUGUCAACAAAAAGAAGAAAAAUGGCACAGAGAGCUCUCUCGCUUCUUCAGACAAUCCGAAGAAGGACAGAAUAAACUCCAGAAACAAGAACACUACUGGCACCUUGACUGUGGUUGAGAAGAAUAAAAUAAAGACAACAAAAAAGGUCUUGGAUAACGAGAUUGUGCCAUGUGACCCUAAAACUGACGAUGUUUCCAAAAAGAAAAAAAAGAAUGACUUCCAUGAAGAUAUUGUAUCAUGUGAUGUGAACACGAAUGGUGAUCGCCCUAAAAAGAAAAAGAAGAAGGUCUUUGAUGAAGAGAUUGAGCCAUGUGAACCGAAAGCUAAUGUUCAUCUCCGUACAAAGAAAAAGAAGACUGUCCUAGAGGAAGAUAAUCCUGUACGUUUACCAAAAUGUAAAAGUGAAACUGCAGGCGAGAAUAGCCAAGCUCCUUCUUUACCGAAGUCCAAAAUUGUCAACAAAAAGAAGAAAAAUGGCACAGAGAGCUCUCUCUCUUCUUCAGACAAUCCGAAGGAGGACAGAAUAAACUCCAGAAAUAAGAACACUGCUGGCACCUUGACUGUGGUUGAGAAGAAUAAAAUAAAGAUAACACAAUCUAAUUCAUCCAUUGAUAAUAAAAGUUACUCAAAACCAAAGAAAAACAAGAAAAAGAAUUCUCAGCCCGACAAAGGCGACAGCGGUGAUGAAACUACAGUGAAUGGAAAUGCUGUCACUGAAGACUUAAAGGUCAAAAAGAAGAAGAAAGAUAGAUAUGAUAGUGUGCUAAAAGACUCAGAAUCAUCUGCCAAAAAGUCUCCUCCUGAGCUAUCAGAAAUUGUAGAAUUAAAAAAGAGAGGAAAAGCAUCUUCCUUGAACUUGGAGGAUGCAGACAUUGAUAAACAUAGCGUCUAUCUUUCUGAGUUGUCAAAAAAUCCUGGCAAAGAUGUUUCGUGCCCUAGAAAGACAGAUGGUGUCAACUCUAAACAAAAGAAAAAGAGGAAAGCUGCAUCUCCCGAUGAGCAUCUAGUAUCCAGCAACAUCAGUAAGAUGAGAGAUGGAGAAUACUAUGAGGAUCUUAACGGAAACUGUGGUGGUGAGGAUACAGACAUUGUUUUAAAAAAGAAAAUCAAGAAAGGAAAAGAAAAGUCUCUAAAUGCUGCUUCUCUCAAGGAGGCGAACAGUGAUGUCCAGUUGGUGUCGGAAAAGGCUGGGAACACAGAUGAAUUGCACAUUGAUACGGUACGGCGGAAGGCCCUGCAGGAGGAUAUUGACAGAGAGUCUGGGAACACCAAGGGUUCUGCCUUUGGACAGUGGGCAACUGCUUCAUUUCAAACUUCAGACCAGCAAACAAAGUUCUUUAGACUUUUGGGAGGAUUCAAGAAGGGGAACCAGAUCACACCACCAUCAACUUCAAGCCAGGAGAAAGCCAAUAUGGCUUUGGGAAAGGAAGGGGCCCAGACUCUAGAAAGGAACCUGCAAGUGGAGUUUGACAAAGCCCUCACCUGGAAACAGAACAGGGGAAUUGGAUUGGGGUGCCAGCCUGCCCAGAAAAAGGCAUUUUAUAUUGACAAAACAAUAUCUAAAUCUGUGAAAUUUGAGGACUAGAUUGACUUAGGCUUUGUCUCAUUCCAGCCUACAAUUGUGAAUCUAGAUUGUUGUUAUAUCUAAAUUCCCUUGUGUAGUAGAAAUAGAGAGACCGGAAACCAAUAUUUACUAAUAAUAAUUUGAGAAGGAAGCUACUGAAAGGCACAUUUCAGGUAGUUUGUGAAAUAGCACAGCUUACAGGAACCAGACUGCACCCCCUGGGUGUGGAAAUAGGAUACUUCAUUCCUCAAUGACCUAGACCGUACAGUCUAGAAUAUGGAGUGUUAGUUCUUCACAGGAACCAGGAGGACUCAGAGUAGACACUAUGCUACAAGUUUAGAGGAGGGUCUUAUACUGGAAUUCCAUGCCAUGUUAAUAUCUGCCAAAUUUACUCUUGAUAUAUAUUAUAUCUUUUAUAUAUAUAUAUAUAUAUAUAUAACUUUAUGCCUUAACUAUUGUGCAGCAGAAAUAAAAAGAAAGAACUGUGA